AGCCCAGUCGGCGCGCGCAUACGCCAUCAUCAGAUGAAUCCAGCGCAUAGAGACGGCUGGCCGCCCAGAGAAGACCAUACUCCGCUCCAUCGCACUUUCGCCGGAAACCCCCCGCCUGCUCAUCCAGGUGCAGCUCCUUCUCCACGCACCGGCGGUCUACCCCCUCCACCAGGCUCCUUUGCCCCUUUCCAACAGGCUUCACACAAUAUCCUGAAUCCUCCGUCGCCCCGCCAUCAAGCACAAGCCGCCUUCCCUCUGGGUCGCGACAUGCCCGAUCAUCGGGACAAUAUUCACAUCAAAGAAGAGCAGGACGCCGUGCGCCGCGAUCAGCAGCGCGAAAGACAACACAUGGAUCAACUUCCGCCUCAUCAGGCUCAGGGAGGGCCCAUCCACCUACACCAGCCUGUCGCUGUCGCGCCUCGCACCGUCCAUGGCCCCAAUGGUCUAUUAGCUAACACCCCCGGCGGCCACGGUCAAAUGCCGAACGCUGUUUUCAGCGGUGGCCCCGUCCAGCCCGCUACUCAAUCGCAGGCUAUGCUUGUUCCCAUGCAACCUGGCAGUGCUCAGCCUGCUAAUGUUGGCCAAGGCCAGCAGCCCAUUCUGAACGAUGCGCUGAGCUACCUGGAUCAAGUCAAAGUCCAAUUCGUCGACCAUCCGGAUGUGUACAAUAGAUUCCUCGACAUCAUGAAGGACUUCAAGAGUGGGGCUAUUGAUACACCCGGUGUUAUCGAACGUGUCUCGACUCUCUUCGCCGGUAACCCCGAACUGAUUCAAGGCUUCAACACCUUUUUGCCUCCCGGCUACAGAAUCGAAUGCGGCACUGGCGACGACCCGAACGCCAUUCGAGUAACGACACCCAUGGGAACUACCGUUCAGGCCAUGCCGGCACCCCGACCUAUUUCUCCUCGCACCGCUGCUCCUCCCCAAGAUGGAAGCAACCCUGAAGGCCCUCUGUUCGCUGCCGUGAACAGACAAGCCAACGGAAACUGGACUCCUCAAGCACCUAGUCACUCUCACAUUGCUCACAGUCCCAGCGGUCGUCCGGUCGGUACAGCUCCUUUCACUUCUCAGAUGAACCCUCAGCAAGCCGCCGCUAUCGCUGAGGCUCAAGCUCGUGAACAGCAAGCUUUGAGCCUCCAACAGGAACAGCGCGUAUCACAGCUACAGAAUGCCGUCUCAGCCGCAGCUGGCGACAACCUGGCUAGAGCUGGAAUGAUGUCUCCAAGUGGGGGUGCUGCUGCCCUCGCUCAGGGGGAGUUGGUUAUCGGCCCCGACGGACAGCCCAUGGGCCACGAGAAGGUCAGACCGCAGGUCGAGUUCAACCAUGCCAUCAGUUAUGUCAACAAGAUCAAGAACCGCUUCCAGCAGCAGCCCGAUAUUUACAAGCAGUUCUUGGAAAUUUUGCAAACUUAUCAGCGCGAGUCAAAACCCAUCCAGGAUGUUUACGCCCAAGUGACCAGACUUUUCAACUCAGCUCCAGACCUCCUUGAGGACUUUAAGCAGUUCCUCCCCGAGUCCGCCGCUCAUGCAAAGGCUGCAGCUGCUGCAAGAGCCCAGCAACAAGAGGAGUCCGUCAUGCUUAGUAACGUGCGCGGAGAUCCCUUCUACCAGGCACCGCAGCCCCAUCAAACUCCCAGAGCCGAGCAUCGCUUGCCUCCUGUCGGAAACUUUGCGCCUACGCCAACUGUUAACAAAGACAACAAAAGAAAGCGCGGCGACAGACAAGGAACCGUGACUAAUACUGGUCCUGAGACAAACGGUCUGGCCAAGGCUCCGGCGUACGGUCAAAUGGCUAGCGUCAACAAACGCGCAAAGCAGACUCAUACUGGAAGACAGGCCCUGCCUUCAGACGUUCCACCGACUUCCCCGACCCUGGUUCCUGCCCUGCCCGAGCCUCUGCCGCCAACUUCAAGUUCGCUUGCUACAGCCGACGAGAUGAGUUUCUUUGACCGUGCAAAGAAAGCCAUUGGCAACAAAGCUGCCAUGAACGAGUUCCUGAAGCUGUGCAAUCUUUUCUCUCAAGAUUUGAUCGAUCGUGUCACUUUGGUUCACAAGGCUCGUGGUUUCAUCGGCAGCAACCCCGAUCUCUUCCAGUGGUUCCAGAUGUGGGUGGGUUACGUCAACGACGACAUCCUCAUUGAGAACAAGCCCAGAGCCCCACCAUGCAGAAUCUCCCUGAGCAACUGCAGAGGACUUGGACCAAGCUACCGUCUGCUCCCCAAAAGAGAGCGACUGAAGCCAUGCCGCGGACGCGACGAACUCUGCAACGAAGUGCUUAACGAUGACUGGGCCUCGCACCCUACGUGGGCAUCCGAGGACUCUGGCUUUAUCGCUCACAGAAAAAACAUCCACGAAGAAGGACUUCACAAGAUUGAGGAAGAACGCCACGAUUAUGACUUCAACAUUGAGGCCUGUUCACGCACCAUCCAGCUGCUUGAACCCAUCGCUCAGCAAAUCCUCCGCAUGAACAACCGGGAGAAGGAGGCUCUCGAGAUCCCUCCUGGCCUUGGUGGACAGAGCGAGACGAUUCACAAGCGCAUCAUCAUGAAGCUCUAUGGACGCGAAAAGGGUCACAUGGUAGUACAAUCACUCCACGCACAGCCUUACAAGGUCAUUCCUGUGCUACUGAACAGGCUGAAGCAGAAGCUUGAAGAGUGGAAGCAGGCACAGCGCGAAUGGGAAAAGGUUUGGCGUGAUCAAACACAGAAGAUGUUCUGGAAGAGUUUGGAUCAUCAGGCUGUAAACGCCAAACAAGCCGACAAGCGUCAGUUCCAAACAAAGACUCUUCUCGCCGAGGUUCAAACUAGGUAUGAAGAGCAAAAGAGACAGCGCCUGGCCGGUCAAAAUCCGCGUAAGCCUCAGAUGGCCUACAUGCUCGAGGACACGAGUGUCAUUAUCGAUGCAUCUCACCUUGUUCUUCUAUACGCUGAACAGAUGCAUUCCACCGAAUACCCACGCUUGACAUCCUUCAUCAGAGAGUUCAUCCCUCUCUUCUUUGGUUUGGACUAUGAGUGGUUUGGUAACCAGAUCAGAGCCAAGUUUGGCGAUACUCCUCACAUGGACGUCGGUGAAGACUCGAUCUCUGCUUUCGACGACCCUAUCAACGCAAAGCCUCGUAAGCCGACAACCAAGAAGGGCGACCUCUUGCGUGGUGUGCUUGAGCGUGGACGUAAGAACCGUAAGGACGAUGGAAGUAACACUCCCCUGAGUCGCGCCUCGACUCCUGACAACGCAUCCAACGUGGACGAAGACAUGAGCGAUGGCGUUAACAUGGUUGAUGAUCUCAAGUCAGACAUCGCCUUGGACACCUGGGCCUCCCACCCUAUGGCGGGCAACGUCCACAAGGAUAAGGAGCUAUAUCUCAACCAGAUGUACACACGCACGAGAUUCAAUCUUUACGGUAAUGCCAACAUCUAUUGCUUCAUCCGUGUGUUCGUACUCUUGUACGAGCGCUUGAAUAACAUCAAGCAAGCCGAAACCGACGCUCAUACUACAGUCAAUCGCGCAAUGGCACCCAAGCCAGCGACUGAGCUCGGCAUCAUCGACAAGCUUCCCACUGAUUUCUUCACUGAUGUCAGUGAAGGGUCCAACUUCUACCGCCAAAUCCUUGGCAUGUUCGAAGACCUGAUCAAGGGAGACAUGGACAUGGCACAUAUCGAAGAGACACUGCGUAGAUACUACCUGCAGUGCGGAUGGCAACUGUAUUCCUUUGACAAGCUUCUUGGUGCUUUAGUACGCUUUGCUAUCUCCAUGCUCGGCAGUGAGAGCACCAAGGAUAAGAGCUGGGACAUUCUUCAGCUGUUCCGCAAGGACAGACAAAAGGAUGAGACCUCGUUCCAGGAUGAAAUGAAUUACAGAAAGCAGACCGAGAAGUUCACCAAGGACACUGACAUCUACGGCAUUGCUUAUGACCAAGCAACGUCCGAAGUACAAAUCCGGGUUUACCGAAAGGACGAUCCUACCCUCGACACAACGUCGAUGCUUCAGGAGGAUCUUUGGCGUGUCUACGUUACCAAUCUUCUCAAACUUGCACCUACACCCGAUGUGCCCGCGACAAGACGCCGUCCGGUAAUGCACAGAAAUCUGCGCCAGCUCAACAUUGACCCCGGCAGUAUUUACAGCGAUGAGCGUUCGGACGAGUACCGUCGUCUCUGCGAUUCUGCCGUCUCUUCCGAAGGUCUUGAGUUCCGCGUCGCUGUCGAGCUAUACCGCAUGUACUUUAUCAAGAACACAGAUGAGUACGUGUACCAACCAGCAGGCAUCCGAAGUGGUGGCAAGGAAGGCGUUGAGGACGCCGAUUUGACGGCCCGCUACCGAAGUGACCGUAGCCAGGACACAUUCGUCAUCAACAACGCAGCUAUGAAGGGACUCAGCAAGGAAGAUGUCGAGGGCAAAAACUCUGGAUUCAGCGCGCUUGUCAGAGAGGGCGGCGUGGCAGUGUCUUCAGGGCCCGCCGAUGAAGAUGAGGAGAUGGAAGAUUAGGCGUUUUAUCAUCUGAUCUUCUAGGGACGAUGACUUUCAUAUUCAUAUCUCGAUUUUAGCGUUGCGAAAAGGCCACUGAACAGGCUCGUUUGGUUCAGAGAUAUUUGGCGGAAGAUGGAAGGAGUCUGGCGUG